AUGAGAGUUCUCAUACUGAUUGCUCAUGCUGAUCCUCAAAAGAUUGCAACAGCAUACAGAAUUGCAAAUGCAGCUCAGGAAUCAUUAACUUCAUGUGGCCAUGAAGUUCGUGUUGUAGACUUGAUCAGUGAAGGUUUUGAUAAAGUCAUGACCAUGGAUGACUUUAUCCAAAAGAAAACAGCAAAUUUUGACUACCCUGCUAACUACAAAAAAGGUAACUUAGUAACAAAUAUUACAGCCCAGCAUGAUAAUAUAAUGUGGUGCACUAAUAUAUUGAUUAUCGGUCCCAUAUGGUGCUAUAAAUACCCAGCUUGUUUAUAUUCUUAUAUCGAGAGAGUCCUCACCGAUAUACAGCGUCCAAACGUUACAGUAUCAAUGGUCAUCUCUGUUGCAACAGGACCCGAUUUUUAUACAAAGAGUUCAGCUGGAACUUUGGAACAAUUUUUAUAUUCCGUCUACUUUGCCUUCAACUCCAACGGUUACAAAAUAACAAGGCCGCUUGGUUUUUAUAAUGCUGGACCAUUCGGAAACAAUGAUAAAUCAUACGAGGAGCGAUGGAUAUCUUCCUUUAAGAAAGCUGUUCUCAAACUAGAUAAUUGGGAACCUUGGGAUACAAAUUCAAAUAAGCCUGCUGCAACACCUGAUAGUAUUGUCAAAUGA